AUGGUUACAGCUGCAGAAGUAGAAGAGGAAAAUAUUAGUGCUGCCGAUUUGGAGCAUGGGGCGUAUACUUACUCUCUAAGACCAAAAGAACCACAUGCACAGUAUGAAUAUGCAUUAAAAGCCAGAACUGCCAAUGGGGACUGGGGAGAGUACACCACCUAUGUUUGGCCGGAAUUUUGUUCUGGCCCCCAACCAUCACCGAUCUUGACUACUACAACUAGAAAUUUUGCAAGCAAGAAGUGUCCAAAGGUGUAUCGUGAAAAAAUCAUGUGGCCGGAGGCAAAUCCUCAAGAUGUGAUCACUGCUGAUUGUCCUGAUGGCAUGAGAUCAGGCUAUAUACACUUUAAAUGUCUUCUUGGUGGCAUUUGGGAUCCAAAUGGGCCAGAAAUGGAUAACUGUAAUAGUCAUUACUUGGAGACAACACCAAAAUGGAAGAUUGAAGAAAGUACAACUACUGCUUUCACAACCAGUUCUACCAUACCUGUCAGCUCCCUUGAUAAAGCAGGUACGCUUCUUCAGCAGCUUACUGUUCCUCGUAGCCCAGAUGCAUCUACUGAGGGAGACAGAAUGUUCAACACUGUCACAUCCUUGCCUGCUCUUUCCCAAAAUAUGAGCAAUGAACUCAUGAAGAUUACAGACCCCAGGAAGAGAAAGGAAAGAGCUGACCACUUUAAAGAGUCACUUGAUACAGCAAAACGCAAAUCUGCAGCAUCAGCACUCCUCUCUAGUGUGGAGACCACAGGGCUAUUAGCAGCUUCAACUAUAGAUGUUGGCAUGAUGAAUGUAACUCGCAAACCUAACAUUUUGAUGAAGCUGAUGAAUGUGGACCUUGCAGGAGAACAAGGAGCCACCCUCAGAGGAGUCCCAGUAGAUAAUGUUGGGUCAAAGUUCAAUGAAAUUACCAUUCCUAUCCUUACACUGAAGCAGAUUGGAAGACGAUCAUUGCCAGUGGUGCUUGUUAUUCUCAGUAACAUGAAUGAGUGGCUGGCUCCCUCAGGAGUACCGACCAGUUUCAGCACCCACCUGGAUGGCGACAGUGGCAGUUUUAUUUAUGCUGGUAACACUAACCCAUCUGACAUCCCACGAAGAAGAGUUAAUUCUGAGAUCAUUUCAGCUUCUGUAUCUGAUCAACCUACAGAAGCAGUUGCUAACCCAAAGUGCAGUUUCUGGGAUCCUAGAAACAGCACCUGGUCAGAUGAAGGAUGUAAAAUUCGUUUUACCAACAAAACCCACACAGCCUGUGAAUGUAAUCAUCUCACCAGUUUUGCUGUACUUAUGGACAUCACAGGGGCUAAUGUCAUGCUGUCUUCGAAAGCCCGGUUUUCCUUAGAAAUCAUCACCUAUGUGGGAUGCACCAUCUCUGUCUUCUGCCUAGUUAUCAGCUGGAUUACUUUUGCUGUUUUUAAGAGCCUAGAUUGUGACAGAAACACGAUCCACAAGCACCUGGUAUUUUGUCUGAUGCUGGCCCAGAUAGUGCUGAUAACAGGCAUUCAGCAAACAGAACCAAAGAUCUUGUGCUCUAUUAUUGCUGGGCUCCUGCAUUUCCUGUUCCUGGCAUCAUUUUCCUGGAUGUGUCUGGAAGGUGUUCAGCUGUAUGUCAUGCUCAUUGAGGUGUUUGAGUCGGAGCGUUCUCGUGUCAUUUGGUACUAUCUCUUUGGAUAUGGCAUUCCUACAAUAAUUGUGUCUGUUUCUGCGGGCAUCUAUCCCCAAGGUUAUGGAACAGAUGGACACUGCUGGUUAACAACAGAAAGAGGGUUUAUCUGGUCCUUUGUUGGUCCAGCUCUUGGGGUCAUGGUAGUAAACAUAAUUAUGCUUAGCAUUGCAAUCUACAUCAUGGUGCGACAUUCCUCAGUUUCUCACACAAUGCGACACAAAUCGGUGCCGCAAAAGAUGAGUGGUUCUGGAAGUUUCUACAGUAUGGGUGAGCCAGAAAUUAAAAGCCCCAGCCGUCCUGAACUUCCGAACCAUCACAGUCUGGGUAGCUGCGCUUUGUAUAGAUGGAGUGGUUGUGAUGGGAUUGGUGGGGGUGUUGUUGGUCAUGGUAGUCGUGGUGGUAGCACCCCCCACCUUUAUUCCAGCAUUGACCAUCUCCAUCUCUUGACUUCUGCUGGUACUUCAGUAGAGGAGAGAGUGACCUGGAUAAAAGGGGCGGUGGUGCUUGUGGUGCUUCUGGGACUGACAUGGGUAUUUGGUGUCAUGUACCUGGAUCAUAGUACUGUGGUGUUUGCCUACAUCUUCACGAUCUUGAAAAGUCUACAGGGCCUGUUCAUCUUUAUUUUCCAUUGCCUCCUUAACGAAAAGGUGACUGAUAACACUUUUCAUGUGCUUAAGCUGUAAUCUUUAACAGCAAUA